AUGGCUUUCCCAAUGAUCCAAAAGCCCGAGUGCUUGUUACAAAACGGCCCACGUUGGGUUCGAGAUGGAUAUAUCGGUGCGAUCAUGCAACGGGUUCGACACAAGCGUCCAGCACUUCAGCCUUUGCGAAACCAAGCUGUCGUCAGCAUCAAACCUCGUAGUGUCUACGAGGUGUUUCCACCACCGGUCGACUACAAGCCUUGUGCUCCGCCUCGUGUAGACCCGUAUAACUUUGCCCAUGUGAAACCGAAAGCCUGUUCCCAAGAAACUAGCGAUGCGAGUCACUACAUCCACAAACGAUCGGAGUUCAUGAAGCAGAACGAAUAUCAACGCUAUCAUAACCAGUGGAGAUGUUAUUACUAUGGGAAUGCCGUGGAAAAAGAACAAUACGGAGCCUACCUGCGCAAUGGUCUCAAACAACAAAUGGUUGACCGAAUUACAAGAAAAAACAUGGAGGAAGCAAAAAUCAAGGCAGACGAAGCCAAAGCAGUUGAGCAGAUGUGCAAGAAUUUUGACGAACGAUUGGCAAGUGCUACAAGGAAACGGAAGAUUUUCUUGGCCCAAUUCCGCGAUGCUAACAGAAAGCUCAGUGAAGAGCGACAGACUGCCCGGCUCCAAGAAAGGCAGAAAGAGUUGGAAUCGGAGCGCAACAUGUUGAAACUGAACCCGAUCAACUGGAGCUGCACACUCAAGUAGCCGGUUGUUGAACUGAACUGCGUCGCUCCGCAGUUUACCCAAAUCGAAGUUCUUUUGGCUGAUGGACCAAGUUCAGUGAUGAGGUAAUACGGCCCAGUUCAGGGCUACAUUUUCUUGAUUUCUUGAAAAAUAUAGCAGUU